CUAUAUUUACCUUCCUUCACUAGGGUUUUUUACUCACCACACAUAUCGGCUUCUUCACUUUUUUUUACCCACCGAGAGAGUUCAAAAUAUUGAAGCACGUCGGACUCAUCCAUGGCAUCUUCUUCACAGGCGAAUGUCCCAUAUCUUCGUCGCGACACUAUAGACCAGACGGAGGUUGCUAUCAGCACCUACUAUAGGGAUUCACAUUUUCCGGAGCUGGUUGAAACUUUAAAUGUGGUCGGCGAACAGUGCAAUUCAGAUUUAUUGGGAAGAUUUAGAGCAUCAUGUUUUGGGCAUUUCACUGAUUGGAGGCCCGGCCCGAAGAGCAAUAAAGCAUUACACCAGAUUGUAUCGAGGCAGAUUGUGUCAGAAGAAAAUGAGAUGUGCUUCUUUCUGUGCGGAGCACGAGUCAGAUUUUCCCCUGUGGACUACACAUUAGUGACUGGGCUCAAUUUCGGGGGAUCGAGGUUCGAUGCGACGUUACAGCACGACUGCAGUCGCGUGGAGGCAUACCGACGAUUCUGCGGUACGCGAAGCAUGACCAUACAGUCGCUCAUCAAACGCGUGUGCGAUUUGGAUCGUUGAGUGGAUGAUGAGGAUGGGAGCCUGUACCUUCGUGCUGUCCUCGUGUGUGUGGCUCACACCCUUGUUCUUGGGUUGGAUACGCGGGUACAGCCGUGGCUUUGGGUUUUGGUGGAUGAUCUGGCUACAUUUGAUAGAUUCCCCUGGGGCGCGUAUUCGUAUAAGAUGUUAUGCCAUUAUACGCAUGAGAUAGGAACCGGCGAGAAGUAUCACUUCUACGGUCCUUCGUGGGCUUUAUAUGUCUGGGCAUUGGAGCGCGUCCCGGGCUUCGGACACAUGGUCGCAGCAUCUAGCGGUGAUCCGACAGCGCACCCUCGGUGUUUGAGAUGGACUUUCAGGGGUAAGCCCCGGCUUCACGGUCUGCGCGAUCUAUUCGAGGGACAGGGUGGUGUCCUGCCCCUGGAGCCCGAUGGUGACGAUCUGUCGAAUCACUACUUCAUAUCAGCGCUGACACCGGGCGAACUCUCGGUGAGCUUCAAGCCCCCCGACAACCCAUUAGCUCGGGGUGUCCAAUUUCCACAGCAGACCGGAGCCCGUGUUGUGGAGGAGCGCGGGGACGAGGAGGAUGUACCUAGUCAACCUCGUAUGACUCGCAGUCACAGUGUUCGGGGCCCUGUGAGGGAUGCUCGACCCCACGAGCCGGCUCGUCAUUCAGUAGAUCCGGGCAAGCGCCCAGCGCCGCAUACUUCUUCAUCGUCGAGCGGAUCUCGGUCUGUAUCCAGUCCCAGCGAGGGUGAGGUGGACCGUAAGUGGGUGAAGAAGACGAUCCGUCAGGAGAUUAAGAAGGCCUUCGGCAAAUUCGUGGAUAAACUGAAGGGCAAGGGUAAAAAGGAUAGGUGCAAGAAGAGCAAACAUUUCCCAGUGCCCGACUCCCCUGAUGAUGAUGACCAGCGACGGUCCCCUGAUGAUUACCAGCCACGGUCUCCUCCACAGCGACGGUCUCCUCCACCCAGUGCUUCAGGGCCCGACGCUUCAGGGCCAAGCGUUUCACGUCCCUGCGACAACGACCCCCGCGAUGAGGAACCACGCCAUCCAGAGACCCAGGCCUACCCAUCACGCCCUUCAGAUUAUGCCCAUUCCCGCCCAGCAGAGACCCCGGAUUACAACGAGCAGUGGCGGUCCAUGAAUCAGUCUGUUCAGGGCGACUACACACCGGCAGAGCAGACUUUUGACUGGUCGACCCAGGUCUACCCUCAUUGGUCUUCCCCAUUCCUGAAGCCGCAGUAUAGCACAGAGACCCCGAUAUUCUUUGCUGAACCGCUCACUUCUAUUGCACCACAUGAGUGGGGACAGUCCAGUUCGGCAGGGCAGGCUCAGACGGAGGAGCCUGAUCCACAGGCAGAGCAGCCACAGGUACUGCUGCUGCAGCACCCAGAGUAGCCGCCGGCAGAGCAGCCGCCAGCAGAGCUCCCGCGUCGCAGUCAGAGGGUGAGGCGUCCGUCUAACUUUCAGAGAUCGCCUUGGGUUAAUAGCCAAAUGCCACGUCCAGUGACACAAUAAUGCAGUGACCAUUAUGAGAAGUGGAUGGCUAGGUGUCGAGAGGGUAGGCCUGGUGAGAUUUAUGUCAAGGCAAGUGGUGGUUUGCGGGAGUACGACGACUUCGCGCGGGUGGAUAAUGUCAGCCAGGAAUUCUCGACUGGGGAUAUUGACUUGUAUUUCUUGUCCUUGAGAAAUAGACUUCGAGGUUCCCUGGAUUUACUGGAUGACGUAGAUAUGAAUAAUACAAUCAUAGUAGACACGGAUUGGUUUGUAAGUAAACUUUCAUUAUUUAUAUGUUUUCAUUGGUGCGGAUAUAAAUUAUUAAUUACUUAUUUGAUCUGUAGAUAUACCUCCAGAAAGAGUGGAACGCUCUAUUGGAGAAGUGGCCACGAAGUGAGUUCGGCCCCAAGGAGUUUCAUGUAUUGACUAGUACAACAUGACUGAUGAUUGUCAGCCUGAUAUAGACUGGAUCUGCCAAGUACGUGGAAAAUCACUUAAGGGCCAUGAACUUCCUCCUGGUCAUAUAGGAUGGAUGGAUGCCGCACAGGUUAUCAGUUAAACAAUUAUUGUUACUUGUCAUUUGUGCUCUAUCGUUGUUUCUUAUCAAUUCAUUGUGGUUUGUCAUAGGUUCUCAUGCCAGUCAUAAUUGGCCACCAUUUUAUCCUAUGUCGGAUUCGGUUAGGAGAAGCCGUUUGCGAGGUCUAUGACCCAGUAUUCCACAAGCUAACACCUCGACAACAGGAUGCUCGAGUUGGUGAUUUAUUACCUUUACUGAGAUUGUUGCCAGUUGUCCUUCAGGUGUCGAGGUGGUACGACGACACAUCCAUUGAUUCGACAGUGGCAAAGAGCAAGUGGCCACUUAUGACGGUAGUGUUUGCUCCAGCGGAGGUUCAGUUUCACCAGCAGAACUCUGUCAGCUGCGGGCCUUUCGUCUGCAUGUAUGCUGAACGACUGAUAUCUGGCUCUCCAUCCAUUGAGUGGGGUAAUAGCAACGUGGC